AGACCCGAAACUAAACUAUCAGGUUUGAGAUAAUUCUGUUUUGGCGAAAAGGAGAAACAAAAAAACAUAACAAUAAUACUGUGAUACGGGUACUCUUAUGAAUAUUUAUAUUCCGCAUCUACAAGCGAAUGACAGAAAAAAAUUUGAGUUUUUUAAUCCAAACUUCGUGGCAUACCCAUCUACCUACCACAGCUGAUAAAAACAAGCCACAUCUGUGCAAAUGGUCGAGGCAUCUGCCUAAUUAAACAAAUUUUUCGACGCGAAAAACGCUCAGCCGUUCCGCUGAUUUAUGAUAUGCAGCACUUCCGUUUGGGCCGCGAAUUCUCUAAAUCGUAUAAAAGUACAGGAGCCAUGGCCAUAAGACAUUAUUCGAUUUGUCUAGCCCCAAGCAAACAGAUCUUCCAAAAUGAAAUUCCUCAUCUUGUCUUUGGCUCUGGUUGGCUGCGUCGCCGCCGAGUCCGGCUACAACUACGCUGCUCCUGCUCCGGCUCCUGCUCCAGUGAGGUCCUACUCGGCUCCCCGUCCAGCUGCCUCUGCUCCCGCUCCUGUUAGGACCUAUGUGCCCCCAGCACCAGCUCCAGCUGCCUCUGCCCCGGCUCCCGUGAGGACCUACGUGCCCCCAGCACCUGCUGCCUCUGCCCCGGUUCAGUCCUUCGCUCCUGCUCCCGCUCCAGUCGCUGCUCCCGCUCCCGCUCCAGUCUUCCAGCCUGCUGCCUCCGCCCCGGCUCCAGUGAGGACCUAUGUGCCCCCAGCUCCUGCUGCGUCUGCUCCCGUCCAGUCUUUCGCUCCUGCUCCAGUAGCCGCCCCCGCUCCAGCUCCCGUCUUCCACGCUGCCGAGUCCGCUCCUGCUCCCGCUAGGACCUAUGUGCCUCCUGCUCCAGUGCGCCACCAAGUUGCCGCCUCUGCUCCCGUCCAGAGCUUCGCCGCUCCCGUCCCAGCUCCCGCUCCAGUCCAGUCCUUUGCCCCUGCCCCAGCUCCCGCCUUCGAGGCUUCCGGCCCGGCUUUCGAGGCUGCCGCUUCCGCCCCAGCUCCCGCCCGCUCCGGAUACGACUACAGCCAGCCCGCCGCCAGCAACCAGGGCUACAAGUACAAGACCGUCCGUCGCCGUGUCUACAAGCACCGUGCUUAAAGAUGGAAUUUGAUAAUACGACCUCAAUAAAAUCGCAAUGAAAAUAUACAAAAAACUAGCCUUAUCAUCUAAAAGCAAGAAAUGCAAUAAUAGACAAGAAUUUGGUCAAAAACCAUAUUAGGCAUGCAAAGAAUGAGAAGUGCAAUAACCUUAAAUCAUAUUUGAUGAUUACUAAUUCUGUUUAGAUAUUUUUAAAUGAGCAACAUGACUUCAUCUUUUAUUAAGUUUCAAAUAACCAGAUGCCGUUAGCCGAAAACAAUACAAAUCAAUUAUUUCCAUAUCAUAUUUCCUUCUUCCUAGAUCUCGAAGCCAUUAAUUGUACAAAUUGGGUAACAAAUAAUUAUUUUUGGUUUUUUGAGUGUACAUUUUUAUAAACUAAUUAAAAUAAUAUAAACAUUAUUUGAAAUAUGCAAAACCAAAUGAAUAAAUAUGUUUUUUAAAUGAUUCACAGGUCUUAAUUUUUAAUGAAUAGGACUUUAGUACGAUUUUGACAUGACGUUUUAUGUGAAACUAUUAAGAUAAUAAAUUAUUUAUGUUUAAGAUAAAAAUAACUGAAAUUAUGUAUCAUUGAAUUAUAUAAUUUUUUAAAAAUAAAAAAUAAAACUAAUCAU